UACAGUUAUACAGUCAUUGUAAUUUUUGGAUGUUCGUGAUUUUUUUUGGUAACAAUGUUAUUUAUCUCUAAAUGUUGUCUCUCUUUUGCUAGGUUCUUUUCCACAUCUUUUUGAAGAAAAUGGAUUCAGCUUCUACAGUUAAAGUUGGUGGCAAAAAGAGAGACCCUUGUUGGAAACAUGGGAGACCAGGUCCAAAACGAGGAGAUGUUUUUUGCAACCAUUGCAAAAAAAUUGUAAAAGGUGGCAUUAAUAGGUUCAAAUAUCACCUUGCAAAAAUUCAAUGCUGAGAUACCACAAGCUGUACGGAAUGUACUGAAGAGGCUACGAGAGAUGCAAUAGCAAUGCUUGAAGCAUAUGAUCAAAGGAAGGCAACAAAAAAGAGAACAGCAGAGGCAAUGGCAGCCCCCAAGGGCAGAUUUGAGUUCCAUAGGGUCACAUACAGAUGUGGCAACAUCUGGUUCUUCCCUUGGGCCACGGAUACGAGCAAAGGGAACUUUGGACAGCAACAUGGAAAACUUCUUUAUUCCACGUAACACUCCUGGUGCACAACCUGGAUUGCUUGGCACUGCAUGGAAUAAAGAGGCUCACCAACAAGCCAAGGUGGCGUGUGCUAGAUUUUUUAUCUACAACGAUGUUCCGUUCAAUGCUCUUUCUAGUCCAUCUUGGGACCAAUUGGUCACCGCGUUGACUGUGGCAGGUAAGGGGUUCAAAUCCCCAAGCCGUUACGAGGUAAGUGGACCGUUAUUGCAGGAUGAGGUCCAAAACACUCAUGCAUUAGUGGAAGAGCAAAGGACUAUUUGGGAAAAGAAUGGCUGCACCAUUCUUUCUGAUGGAUGGACAGAUGGUAGGAAUAGGACACUCAUCAACUUUCUAGUUGCUUCAGGAGGACAGUUAGUAUUUUUAAAAUCAAUUGAUGCCUCCAAUGAAGUGAAGAAUGCGGAGACCUUGUGCAACAUGUUGGAUGAGGUGGUGAUGGAUGUGGGAGUGCAGAAUGUCAUCCAAGUUGUGACUGAUAAUGCAGCUGCAUAUGUGGCAGCCGACAAACUUCUAAUGGCUAGACAUCCGACAUUAUUUUGGAGCCCUUGUGCUGCCCAUUGUCUUGACUUGCUCCUUGAGGACAUAGGGAAACUAAGUUGGGUAAAGAAAGUGGUUGAAGAUGGAAGGAAUAUCACCAAAUACAUCUACAAUCACACAUGGGUCCUGAAUCUUAUGAGAGAGCACACUGAAGGUAAGGAUCUUGUGCGGUCGGGGGUCACACGCUUUGCUACCAAUUUCCUCACCUUGCAGAGCAUACUUGCUACAUUGCCCAACCUGAAGCGGAUGUUUGUGAGUGAAAGAUGGUUGGGGAGUCCUUAUGCUACAAAGCCUGAAGCAGAGAAGGUUGUGAUUGCCAUUUUUGAUACUAAUUUUGCCAAGAUAGUGGAGGAGAUCAUCAAUGUGUCGGAACCGUUGGUGAGGGUGCUACGAAUAGUGGAUGGGGAUCAUAACUCCAUGGGGUAUCUAUAUGAGGCCAUGGAUAAGGCCAAAGAGGCGAUUCAACACUUGUAUGGGUCAAACAAGACCAAGUAUGAACCCAUAUGGCGCAUAAUUGAUCGGAGGUGGAACCAUCAACUCCACCAACAUAUUCAUGCUGCUGCCUACUUCUUGAAUCCCAAUUUUUUUUACUCUCCGAGUUUCAGAGCAGAUGCAGAGGUUAGAAUUGGCCUUGACACAUGCAUUCGGAGAUUAGUUGAUGAUGAGAUCCUUCGAGACCUGAUACUUGAUGAGUUGCAGAGUUAUAAGAAGGCCUUAGGGGAAUUGUUUUCUUCACCUGAUUGCAAAUGUAGGAGAGCCACCUUACGACCAGAUUUGUGGUGGGAAGAUUAUGGUGCCACAACGCCUAAUCUUCAAGAGCUUGCCAUCCGCAUAUUAUCACAGCCUUGUAGUGCUUCUGGUUGUGAGCGCAACUGGAGUGUUUUUGAGAACAUCCACACAAAAAAGCGCAAUAGGUUGACUCAACAACGCUUGAAUGAUCUUGUUUAUGUGCGGUACAACAUUCGAUUACAUGAGAAGAAGGUGCUAGGGCAAGAUUCACAUGAAGCACUUGACUUGUAUGACAUUGAUCCAUAUGCAGCAGAAUGGGUUGCUUCUCCUGAUGAUGUUGAUAAUGAUUUGGAUCCAUUCCUUACUAAUGAGCAGCUGAGUGAGUUGGAGAGGGCAGGAGAGGAAUGGGAUGCGGAAGUGGUAGCACGUGAGGAGGAGCAAGAGGUUGAUCAUGCAGCAGAGGCACCUGUUAGUGUUGAGGAUGUUGCCACUACUUCAGCACCACCCACCCAGCGGCCACAAUCUGUUUUGAGCUUUAGUCGUAGACGCAAUUUAUGAUUUCUUAUUUUCAUUGAUACCAAACUUUGAACUUGAUAUGUAAUCAGAAUUUCAGAGGUUCUUGUUUUGUGGUCUAUGACUCUAUAACUCUAUGAGACUGUCACUAUGAUACGUUGAUAUGUAUUGAACUCUUAUUCAUAUGUUGCACUUGAUUUUUGGUUUAUGCUAUGAUACUUGCAUUUGUUGCUAUGUAUUACCAAAAAAAUUUGAUUUAUAUAUCAUGGAAAUCAUAUAUGUUAUACAAAUUUGGUGUAAAUGUGUGUUUUUGAAUUAUAUAUAAAAAAAAAAUGUAUUUUCAAAUGUUCGAUAAAGUUGCCGAGUUUUGCCGAGUUUUGGCGAGUCCCGAGUUUUAAAUUUUUUUUGGCCUUGCCGAGUUAUUGCAAAAUCCGAGUUUUUCAAGCUUGAUUCUUUCUGCCCUUUGAAAGGGACACAACCUUUCACAAUCAGAUCUGCACUUCUUAUUUAAAUCAGAUUUUUCCAAAUUCUCCCUCCCUCAAAUGAGGAAGUCUCCUUUUUAUAUCUCACGUUUGAGGGAGUCACAACUUAUCAUUUCAUACCU